AUGAGCCAAGCUGGCAGCGUGUGUGACCUACAUAUUCGCAUGCCGGGCGGUGUUGUGUUGUUCGGGCGGGUCACCAUGGAGCAGCAGGGUGACUCAGAGGUGGAUGUAAAGUAUCUGCUGAGGGUUCGAAGCCAGGACAUCUGUGAGGACAUCUCGGACCAUGUGGAGCAGAUUCAUGCCUUGUUGGAGACAGAGUUCUCCCUGAAACUGCUGUCCUACUCUGUCAACAUCAUCGUUGACAUCAGGACUGUGCAGCUGCUGUGGCACCAGCUGAGAGUCUCCGUUCUGGUCCUGAAGGAGCGUCUGCUGCAGGGCCUGCAGGACUCCAACGGAAACUACACUCGCCAGACCGACAUACUGCAGGCCUUCAGCGAGGACCAGCACCAGACUCGCCUGGACGCUCUGACGGAGGUGGACGAUUGCGGUCAGCUGACUAUUCGCUGCAGCCAGGACUACUUCUCUUUAGACUGUGGUAUCACCGCCUUUGAGCUGAGUGACUACAGCCCCAGUGACGAGCCCGAGGCCCGGGGAGCUCAGCCAGACGGCGAGGACCCCUCCCAGGAGCUUGAUCAAGCCCAAGCCCCAAAUCCUGAACCAGGGGCCGAAGAGAGCGAAGCAUCCCACCUCUCAAACCACAAACUCCAUAACAGUUUACCUGAACUCUCCACGCCCGGUGACUCAACAAACCACAACCAUUCUCCGUCGAUAUUACCCAUAAUGCAAUGUGGCAUGCCUCAGCACAGUGAUAGCGCAAAGCGCCCCCUGCAGGGUGUGAGCCACAGCACUGAAGUGUCGCCCACACAGCCGUCACUUCCCAAGAGAGCUGCACUGUUCUCAGACGGUGGAACCAGGGUGGAGGACUCAAGGGGAGGUCUGGGAAAGGUUAGCCUGCUCUCGGGGCUCCAGUUCCAGGCCGAACUGAGUCGGAGCACUCCUUCUCUCAUGGAUCCUCCAGACCGCUCAAAGUUCUGGUUGGAUCUGGACUCGGUUUAUCCAGAAAAUGUUUCACAGUCCUAUGAGAGUUUGCAGAUCAUGAAUGGGUGCAACCUCCAGAGAAACCCUGUGAGCUCCAGACAGGGAGGACGCUCACAGGGGAGUGUACAGAGGCCGCUGACCGACCCGAGGAGCCCAUCUGAGGCGAGACCAACCACCAACGCCCCCCUGCCUCUCCAAGAUCCGGUGUCUCAGGAUGAAGUAUCAAAACAAAUAGAGAGGACGCUGAAGAAGACACAUGCGCACAGUGAGGGGGACUCUGACUCCUCAUUGCCCUCCCCCAUGAGGGAGCAGUUCCUCUCCUCAGACCUGGAGGCGUCCGGAGAGGAGUCAGACCCCCAACCGCCUCCCAACAAGCCGGCGGUCUGGAUCGUGAAGCGCCAGGUGCAGAAGGGGGCUCAGGUUUCAUCAAAAGCCAGCCCAGAGAAGGAGCACUGGUAUGGGUCAGAGGAGUUCCUGGCCCUCCCCGCUCAGCUCCGCAAGACCGAGAUGCUCGCUAUGAAACUGGAAAGUCUGGCUCAGUCCAUCCCAGGGAGGCCCGGCAGCUGUGACUCUACCCAGGAGGCGUUGCAGGAUGUAGAUGACUGGGAUUUGACGGAGCUCAACCCAGACUGGGACGUAGGGGAGAGCGGGGACAACGUGAGCAGCGUAGGGGAGAGUGAGGAUGACCUUCCUUCUUCUCUGCCACCUCUGCUUCCAUAUAGACGAAACCUGGUCAGCCGUUUGAGCACCACCUCUUCCAGCGAUAUUGCUCCCUCGCUGGACGAAAGCAUCGAGUCUGGUCCGUUAAGUGACCUGCAGUCCGAAGAGGAUGAGGCACGGAGGUCUGCGGACCGCCGCCUGCAGCUGACAGCGCCCUCGGUGGACGUGCGUGGAGGUGCGUUUCUGGUGCACCAGCUGCUGGAGGACAUUCAGAGUCAGGACAAAGACCCCGAUGUCUGGAAGAAGAUAGAGUGUUUUGUGCAGCAGUUGGACGGGUUCAUCUUGUGGCUGCAGGAGGCGCUGGACAGCACAGAAAACUGGACGCAGCCCAGACAGGAUCUGGAGAGCCUGAGGGUGUACCUGGACACACACCUGAGUUUCAAGCUAAACGUGGACAGUCGCAGCGCUCUGAAGGAGAGUAUAAUGGAGGAAGGCAGAGCACUGCUCUCUGUCAUCACCUCACACCAAUCAGGUCUGAAGGAUAUCCUCCAUAUGGUUUCCAGCCAAUGGGAUCAGCUCCAGCGGCAGAUCCGGCGCCAACAUGGCUGGAUGCUCCGCACCCUCCGCUGCAUUCAGGCCCGCCUUCUCUACACCUGCCAAUCACAAGAGUACUUCACCGCCUCGGGGGAACCGUCGACCAAUGGGCAGGCUCCGUUCCCAGCGGAUGGCCUCAAGGCUGAGCUGAUCUCCAGUCAGUGUGAAGCCCAGCGAGCUGCCCUGGAGCAGAUGGCCAUCAAACUGAGCAGCCUGCAGUAUCCCUCAACUGCCAGCAGGCGGCACUACAGCCAGCUGGCCAGGAACAACAGUCUGCAGGAGUUUGAGGCAGAGUACCAGGAGCUCUGGGAUUGGCUGAUGGACAUGGAUGCCAUGGUAACGGACAGCCACCAGCUGAUGAUGUCAGAGGAGCAGAGACAUCACCUCUUUAAGAGCAGCCACGCUGAGCUGAUGAUGAUGGAGAGCAGGAAGACCAGCCUGCUGGGCCGAGCAGAGUCUCUGAAGAGGAGCGGGACCGAACUACCCGGCAACUUCCACCGCAAAAUACACAACCUGACGCACACAUGGCGACAGCUGGAGAAAAUCCUCUCAGAGCAUUCAGGACCCAUUUCUUCCCAGCACAACCAGUCAGCCAACAUGAAGUCUUUGCUAGUUGGUGGUAGAGGCGUUGCUGUGGAAAACCCUCGCUCGGCCCUUUCCCCAGUGACCAACUCGCUCCUGGAACAGCUGGAGGCUCGUAUCAAAGAGCUGAAGGCGUGGCUGCGAGACACCGAGCUCCUCAUCUUCAACUCCUGCCUCAGACAGGACAAAGACGCCUCAGAGCAGCUCCAGAGCUUCAAGUCUCUGUGUUCAGAAGUGCGAUCCCGACGCCGAGGAGUCUCAUCUGUUCUGAAACUCUGCCAGAAGCUGCUGCAACAGAGCCAGUCGGGCCCCAUGGCGGAGGUAGGCCCAGAGGCGGAGCAGCACCGGGAGGCCCUGCAGCUGCUGUCAAUCAACCUGGAGAGGAGGUGGGAGGCGAUCGUGAUGCAGGCGCUGCAGUGGCAGAACAGACUGAAGAGAGAGCUGAGAGAGCAGCAGGUUCCUGGAAACUUUCUGGAACCGGAUCUAGUCGACCUCCACCAGAUCAGCCCAAUCCCAGCUGGUCCUGUGGCACCACCGCCAGAUGACUCCUGGGAAUGGGAUGAAACAGAUAUGACAAUCACAGAACCAGAGCCACAAGAAGUACCAGAACCCGACCUUACGCACAACCUCCCCACCGAACCGAAUCUGCCUUCGGACGUCGUUCUGUCCAAUGGGAAUCAAUCAGAAAGGAUUCAAACGGAUGUCCCAGCCAGUCAGUGUCCUGAGAUGAUGAGAGAGGUUGAGCCCAGUGUGAUCUCCCAAACUCUCCCCCCUAACAAUAAUCACAUCUACCAGGUGUACAGCCUCCACACGGUCGAAUUAUACAGACAGCCUCAGUUUCCUCACACUUCCUCCUCGCUCCACAAAACCAAAUCAGGAAAACAGAAACAACACCUUCUGCUAAAGAGCCUGAGUAAGGACUCCUCAUUCUCCUCCAUCGAAUCCCUCCCGGAUCUCCUGGGAGGUUUGAUGUCAAACAGCCGAGGAGGAGAUAGAGUCAUUGGAUACCGGGAUGGGGGGAGUGAGAGGGAGGGUGGCAGAGCAAGCGGCCAGUCUGCAAGCAGUCGACGGUCAGAAGGUGAGAGCGGCAUCGUUAGUGAUACAGGAGAGACGGAGACAACGACAACAAACUCUGACGUCCAGGGAGAGGAAGAGGAUCCAGGGGAAGACGAGGAUAAGGGGGAGGAACAGCAGCGGAGGAAGGAUGAAACUGUAGCUGGGAUUUAUUUGGCUCUGCACAAAGACAACGUCACCCGGUACAACCAAAGAACCAAGACAGAGGAGAAUAUGAAGGAGAAAGGAUGGAGAAGGGAUGACGUCAGAGGUGAAAGCAGAAGAAACAGAGAGGAAGAGAAAAGGAAGAGGCACAGGAGGGGAGGAGGUGAGGCGGUUGAGAUCCUAAUCAACGGGCAUGGGAUCCUGACUCCCGCUGACUCUGACUCUGACGCUGAGGUGGGGGGACUCGAUAUAGACUCUUCCAAGUCCUUUAUGUCCCACAGUGACUUCACAGAGUUCAAAGUUAACCAGGUUAAUGGUUUGGAGACUCUUCCUGCUCUCAGCCGCCGGGCGUCGAGUCCAGUAUUAUCUCAGGGCUCCUCUCUGGAGUCCCUUCUGGCUCUGGGUGUGGAGUUAUUUCCCUCCAAAGACCUUUUGCAUCGUAGCGCCUCUCUGGAGAGCUGCCUAGUCCCGUGUCGUAGCGCUGAAGAGGAUACCGGAGGCAGCCUGGCCAGCCUUGGGGACCUGGGGCAGAGCAGAGAGGUGGGUGGAGGUGAACCACAAAACGAGGAGAACAAUGAAAGUACGCAAGGAGAACCGUCCUCUGGGGAGCUGAGCCGAAGAACUCUUGAUCUCCUGAAACGCCUGGAGAACAUCCAGAGUCCUCUGGAGGCGAAGAUGACCCGCAGUGUUUCUGACAUGGCGCUUCAAAGCAGCUCCCCGCAGCGGAGCAGACUUCCUGCAUCACCCUCUCUUGGUGGCCGACACGCCCCCCUUUCCGGCAUUUCAGGUUGCUCACGGAAAGGACCGCCAUCCCUGAUUAACGAGAGCUCAGCAACAGCAUCGCUAACGGAGCUGAGUAGCACAGAAGACUCGUCCGUAGGGUCCGAAGAUUUCACUAUGCUCAGAAAUCAACGCCACCCCUUCCUGGAUCCCACCGUCACAGCCAACGCCAACUCAAGCUCUUAUAGGAAACGCUGCAACGGAAACGGUCGAGGAGGGCAAGGGAUGGAAGAAGCAGAUGCAGCAAGCUUGAGUCUGGUGGUGAACGUCUCUUGUACUUCGGCAUGCACAGAUGAAGACGAGGACGACAGUGACCUCUUGUCUUCCUCCACACUCACGCUCACUGAGGAGGAGCUCGGUGUUCGGGAUGGAGAGGACCAAGAGGAGGAGAGGUUGAGCGGUGCCUCAUCUGGUAAUGAGGAUGAUGAUGAAGAGGAGAUGGAGGGAUCUUACAUCCUGGGGCUGCAGUACAUGAAGAGGGAGCUGCAGAGUUGGAUCCGAUCUCCUCGAACUCUGUCUUCCUCCUCCUCUAAAACAGAAGCAGGCCUCCGGGACGAGCUGCAGUGUGGAAGCAACCUGCCCUCGACCUUCACCUCCUCCUCUCAGAACAAGGAGCAGCACUGUUUUCUAAACCGCUCAGCUGCAAAAUUAUUAGAAACCAACACUAACAGUGGCAACAACAAAACGAGAACGGAUAAGAACAAACGGGAAGAAGAGGAGAAGAACCAGAGAAACGUAACAAGAAGCUACAUUAGCCAGUUUGUGGACGACGUGGAGAACGGAAACGUGGACCAGAGCUGUUUAAAAGGGAAAGACGAGGACGACGAACUCCUCCGAGAGGAGUCGAGCGUGUUCACAAAGAAAGGAGAAUCACUGAGGGAACCUUACAUGUUCACCAAAACAGGAGAGUCAGUUCGGGAUGUUAGCGACUUCAUAGUGAAAACAGAUUCAAACUCAACGAAGCAGCUUUCUUCAUCACUAUCCUGUGAGCUCCUCCCCUUCCCACCCAAACGUGCUUCGUCUUUGGUGGGACAGCUGAGAGGGGAGUUGCCCUGUCACAGCUCCUCCCUCCCCUCGCCUCCUUCCCUCUCGCCUGUUGAGGACUGCAGAUCCCACGAUGCCCUGGACAACGGCAGGCCGGCUCCCGGGGGGCGGAAGGCCAUCACCAUUCAGGAAAAGUUCAAAUUCUCAUCUUUUGUGACAGAGCAGACAAGGAGGGAAGUUAGGGACAAAGAAUCGUCCCUGCCUCCCAAAAAAAGGCGCAGUUCUCACUCCUCCUGCUGCCGCCACCUUCCCUCCCCCUCUUCCCUCCGUCCAUGCAGUGUAGACGAGGGCAAGAAGGAGAAUGUGCAUGACUUUGUAAUGGAGAUUAUUGACAUGACCUCACUGGCACUGAAGAGCAAAGAGAAUCAGCCUGAAGAACCAAGCCAGACCGAUAACAGUGGGUCCAUCCCAGACCAAGGUCCUGCAUCACUGGCACAAAUCAGAGACAAGGUCCUCGAGCACUCCCACCGGCCUCUCCACCUUCGUAAGGGAGACUUCUACUCCUACUUGUCUCUCUCCUCCCAUGACAGCGACUGCGGCGAGGUCAGUCAGUGCUCCGAGGACAAGAGCUCCUCUCCGGCGCCCUACAGCAUCCCAUCUUACGUCACGCCAACACAAGGCCUCCACAGCCCGAGCCCUGAGCUGUUUACAAACACCGUACAUCAAAAAUCAACCUCAGACUUGGGUCAGUCUUCCUCUACAGGCCUUCACUCCAAGAACGACUUCCGUGCUCUUGAUUUGAAGUCAGCUGAUGGCGGUGCUGCUGAUGGUAGCCACAAUGCAGAGCUGACUAGCCCCUCUGUAUCCCUGCCUCCUAGCCCUGACAUUAGGGAUGAGGAGACCCUGUUUGCAGCCUGUACAGAGGAGGUGUACCUGGGCCCACCUCUUUGCUACAGCAUGGCGCUAACCAAGAAACCACGAAGGCUGUUGCUGAAGGAAAAUUUGGAGUAUUUGUCCUCCCUGGACCCUGGCUAUGAACUGAGCAACAGUCUAGCUUACUUGCCUUGUUCAAAACAAAACAAUAGUCUUCAAUAUUUGUCUCAAGAGGGGCCUAGUUCCAAACCAGUUGAUAGUCUGAGCUACCUGUCUCCCUCAAAGGAGUCUGUGGUGGAUAGAAACCAGGAUCACCUGUAUUUCCAAGGAUUCAUUCCAACAGAGCAAACACAGAGCUCCUUCCCGGAGCCUUGUUACAGCUCAUUCUCCACCUCUUCGCCCUCAAACAGCGUCUCCGCCUCUCUCCGGGGGCCCGGCUCCAAACCAGAAGAUGACAACCCUGCCUCUCCUCCUCCCGUGUCCUCUGGCACUAAGAAAGAGAAGCGAGGUGAGGACCCGCACCUCCUCUGUGAUGUCGCUGGAGGAGAAGUCGCGGCCACUGCGAGUGUCAGCGUGCCGCGGGAGGAGAGGAGUCAUAAUGAGGGGCCUCCUUAUCUUAAUCCCCGGGCGCGUGUCGCCCCGAUAGACUCCUCCGCAGCCGAAUGUUUGGCAGAUACUAAAACGCUUGAAUCCAAUAUGGGCGCCGUAAUGACCAAGAUAAGUGUCUGCAGCUCCGCUACAAAUCCCUCAAAAGAGCCAGCCGCCACCGCCACGCGUAUUAAUCCCAAAAUUAACUGCUCGGCGAUGAGAGAGGCAGAUAGGGAGGAGGGGGAGAGGCGAAGAGAGGUGGAUACUCGGCGGGUGAAGCAGGAGGAGACGGGGAGGAGAGGGCGCAGUGGCUUGCAGCAGGAAGCAAAGACAGCAGCGGAGAAGCAGGUGAGCUCUCAGUCAGCGGCCCAUCAUGCGACCAGAACAGCACCUGGGCGGAGCCAAGCCUCAGUGAGACCACCCACCUCAAGGACAGUAACAAGGCUUCCUGUGUUGGCAGCAGGAACCCCGAGGAUCCAGCUGUAAAGGAAGCUCUCUCCAUCUCCUGCCCGCUGAGCUGAUCUCUCUCCAUGGCUUCUCACCUCUCUGAUCUCCCAAAUCUCUCUGCUGUAACAGGAACGGUUCGUUAAGAAACUGGACUGAAAACUGAUCCAGCAGUUUCAAGGUUACCUCACGACUGAUUUAAACUUUUGAUCAGAGCCGAUAUGUUUUCGCAGUAACAAGGAGUCUUGAUUUCAGGGUUGAAUGUUUCUGAGCAGCUUUUUAAGCUUUUGCUGAACAUGUUUUUUGAGUUAGUCUGUGGACCACAUGUAGACUUUACAUCAAAAUACAGUUUUAACGUAAUUAAGAAGAAGAUUUAAGAGUUACACUGUAGUAAGAUUACAUCCAAGCAACCAUUUAAAUCUGAUCGUUGAUUUUUUAGAAUUUACAAAUGGGAGAAUUCAGAGAGUUUAUGUUUCUGGAUGGACAUAAAGCAGAUGUCUGACUAAAAACAAAGUGUUGCAGUGAAAUAACAUAUUUCAGAAUCUAUCACUCUUAAGUGUGUGUGUUAGCAUGUUUUGGUGCGUCACGGUUAGAGAGGUCAGACAACGCCACUUUUCAAACAGUACAAAUAAAACAUCAAGAUUUAUUAGUCAGCUGUAGCUGGUGUAGAGACAUGGUGUUGACCUGACCUGGGAUCAGCUGGAUUUUUCAGGUUCGUUGUGUUAUCUUAUGUACGCACACUGAUAAAACUGUAUGCUGCGUGCGGUGUUGCAGCACAAGUAGCAUGUUACUUCCUAAAAAUAACACUUCUUCUGUCUAUAGAUGAUGUCAGUAUUCAUAAUUUGUCGCUGGUCAAACGAGAUCUUUUCACAGUUUUGUGGUAGAAGCUCGUCUUCCUGUAGUAGCCGCACCACACAGCAGUCGUGUGUGCAUUAUCAAUGUUGUAGAUAAACUGUAAUAUCGGCAUCAGCCAACCACAGGGCCUCUAUAAUCUGAACUAAACUAGUUAAAGCUGUCGUGAAGAUACUUGCUGCGUUACAGAUGCAUCGUCUUUGUUGGGAAAGACAAAAGUUACAAACAUAAAGCUUUGUUGAACUUUUAACUUUGCUGCGAUCAAAUACAAAUCUCUGCAAGAUCCAAAUAGGCCAAUAAGUUGUAUUACACUGUAUGUAUAGAAGCUCUAAAGUUCACAAAUUCAACUGUAUUAGCAUGACUGAAAAGCAGUAAUGAGGAUUUGGGCUCGAAGGGUGGAAAACCAUUACCAACUCUCAAACACACGCUCGUUUAGUCGUGCACGAAUCGUUCGUUUCCAGAGCUGAAUUGGAGUCGAGUCUAACUGUGGAACCCAAAAAUGCCAAACCUCGAGACUUUCUUCACCAGAAAAAUGACACGAUCAGAUAUUUAAUGUUAGACAUUAGAUCAGAAAACGUCGUACUUUGUUUAGUUUAGAGGACCUGUUGAAUCCUGGGUUACUUUUUAAAUGAUGGAAUUUAAGUGUUGUAGAAAUACCUUUACUUGAGUAUUUUAUCCCAAACUUUUAAACUAAUUUUAACAUCUAAAGUCUACUCUUACAGCUACAGGCUGCGUCUCAGUUUUACAAAGCCUUCAAAGUCAGCUCCGCGUCCCUUGAGAAACAAAAAAGUAUCAGCAAAGUUAUCACUUUGUCAACCGUGCAAGUGCAGUUUGUUGGUGACACGCCGUUACGUUUCCAACUUCCACGUUGAUGAGAACUACCUGAGCGUACCAUCAUAGCUGUUUUUCAUACACAUGAGCUGGCUUUGGCGUGACUCGGUUUGACUUGGAUGGAUUAGCAUCUCCAUUACAAGAGGGCUACUCGCUUGAAGGUGUCUUGGUAGAAUGAGGAGGCUCUCUUGUCGAGGAGCCCCUUUCUCCUCGACAAGAGAGCGAGAGCAGCGGUGGACAACGAGCUGGAGAGGGAAUGAAGAGAGGGAGCAGGAAGUUAUUUUCUGAUUGUUUCACGGCGUUCUAAAGCACAAACAAACGCGGCCACACCUCCACACAGACCUGCAGCCCGUCUGACGUCACCAAAACUCGUUUAGAAGCGAGAUGGCCCAUCUCAGGUGCGGGUCGGCACAGCUCGGUGUGUUUAAACUUGUAAUGGAAACGCAAAUCAACGCGACGUAGUUUGACUCGGCGCGGCCGAUAGAAAAGCCCAAUUAGUUUUCUCUAGAGGCAGCAAGUGGUCGUACAGCUGCGUCGUUUGAAGGAUGCCUCACCUUGAAAUGGGGCACAGAUUUUGUGCUUUUUGUGACCAACCAUCGUUUUGAGAUCCCGAUAGAUUCUAAAAAUAAAGAGAUGUGAUGAAUUAUAGGAUGUACCUGCUGCCGCGGUGGUGGAGGAAGUCGCUGUGGUCUGAAUCGAUAGAAACAUUAUUCACACCCCAUCAGGUCAAAUCUCUACUUGAGUAUGUUCUGAACUAGACGUUUCCCCUCUCUGCUAGCAGCGGCGUCUGCAAACUGAGGGUUGAGCCGGGUGUCCAAAAAUAUAACACGACAAAAACAAAAACGAUAUUUUUAACUAUGCAACACGACCAAAGUUGGCGAAAGCUGAAGUGGUGUUGUUGUGUAGACGUUAAUAAAGGUUUGAUGACUGUUGAUGGGGGCGUGUGUCGUUAUUAAUACUGCUGUAUGUAUGUACACCACUACUGUACCAUGUAUUGUUUUCUUUUUUAUUAUUCAUUUCUAGACAACUCCUGAAAUGAUGAUUAGCAGUGACGCUGGGGGUUUGGGGUUGGUGUUGAGACAGGUGUGUGUGUGUGUGUGUGUGUGUGUGUGUGUGUGUGUAGGACAAAAUAGAGUUUGAGAUCUUUAAAAUAUAAUUGUGUGCCUUGCUCUACUGUUACUACUUCUACCUUUUUUUUUUUGUUGUUAAUUAAAAACACUGCUUUCCCAGUUAGGUGAUUAAAAAAAAAAACAUGCAACAAAAAAAAUCAAAUGAGAAACAAAAACUGUUUCAAGCAAGGUUCAUGUUGAGCUUGUGUACAUACGUGAAGGUGAAAAAUGCAGACGGAGGAAUGCUUGGUGUUUGUGUUUAUUUAACUCUGUAUGUGACCUGUGAUGUGGAAUAUCUUUAUUAUUAGUAUUGGCCAUAAAGAGCUUGACUGCAUGGUUCCUGCGGACUACAAUGUAAAACCAACUGUUGACAAAUAAACUUAAUUUAUUGGGGAAAUA